AUGUCGACUUCCCACAGCGAGUUCCUGCACUCUCCAGACCAAAACCCAAACCCAAACCCAGACUCAGACCAAGACCAAGACCAAGACCAAGGACAGCCCGUCGUAUCUUCCUCUGCCCUGCUACGCUAUCCUGUUCCGGCUGCAGACGAGCGAGUGACGAACUGGGUUGAGAGCAUAACCGCAGCACAGAUGUCAGCCCCCAGCGAGUUCCCCUCCGACGAGGGCAACCUCGGCGAGUCUACCUACGAGUUCGUCGACACAGAUACAGAGAGCCGUGACGACAAUGCCACCGAGUCCGUGGCGUCGACCGAUUUCGGACGUCCAGACGAUGUUGCGAGCCUCGCAGACACCGAGGGAGACGAGAGUGGAGACGAGGAUGAUGCAGGCGCCAUGUCGGUCCCAGCUCUGCAGAACCUCAACCAUACGGUCGAUGAGGCUUUCAAUACCCCUACAAUAGCCCGCAGUUCGACAGCACUCUUCGAGGAUCUCGACAAGCCUCUUGCUCAGUCUAUCGAAUUCGAAGAACCGUACACCCCCGGUGCUGUCUCGGUCAAACAUACCGUCGCUGAGCUCAGUGAAGACCAGAUGGCGAAUGCGUUCAAGGGCAUGACACUCCAAGAUCCUCCGAAGCCGAUCUUGAUUACCAUCCGGCAGACUAUGACCAAGCAAGGCCUCUCUACCCGAGAUCCUCUUCGGAUUCUCUAUGUUGGAAGCCACUCAGCUAAGCAAGACGUCAUCCACAAGAUUGCUAGCUCUGUUACGGCUUCGGUGGAAGGUAGCAAUCGUGCCGAAUCUCUUCGUCAGUCCAGCUCUCAACUCUACAAUGUUGUGCCGAUCUCAGCCUUUGGUUCGGAGCGUACUCCGGAAAUUGAGCUUAUGCACUCCUCCGGAUACCAGAUCAAGGUUGAAGACUGCACCAGUGCUGCGAGCAUGAAAUUUGAGGAUAGUCCCGAGAAGCCUGAUGUGAUCAAGAUGGUGCUCGACGAGAAUUUCGUACAUCACUCUGUUCCUGAAGGACAGGGAUUCAUUGUUGAGCCUCAUUGGGAUUUACCGCAUGUGGCAAUCUUCUACUGCUCUGACGGAGACGACCUCGAGGCUCGGAGAACCAGAACAAAUGCCAGAAAGUUCAUGACCCGCCACUCUAUUCCCUCGAUCGUCAUCUCUCACAAGCAACUUUUCGAACGAGGUCAAUGCAUGUCACUGGACCAACAUUCAAUUCACAUGUGCCUGGAGUCUCGAGAUAGCAGCAGCAGAGGUAAUGUUAUCCACCAGAGACUGCCGAUCGACCUAGCCUCUUUCUUGAAUAUCGAUGCUCGUCAGAUGAAUCGAAAUCUCGCCUUUCUUACUGGUCUCUAUGAUACCAAGAACGCCAAGGCCCUGCCAAACGCACCUCAGAGAUUCGAUCCCAGCAAUCCUCAAGAUCUGGAAAAGACCUCCUAUAGCGUCAACUUCUUCCGCAACAGAAAUGGGGCUGCGUUGUGGAGAGCUGUGGUACCGGUUAGCAUGUUGGUCAUGAGUGUCUUAAUUGCUUCUCUCACGGGACUGCCAAGCUACAGCUUCUCCAAGGUCGCCUCGUCACCAGCGAUGACCAUCAACAGCAAAAUCGUUCCGGCUGUCUCCAUUCCUUCCUCUGUAGCACUGACAUCUUCCGCCUCCGUCCCCAGCAUAACGUCUCUGUCGUCAUCGGUGGCAGCCAAGGCAUCAGUCAAGACAGUCACAGUCACACAAUCCAUUGCUCUUGCAUCCGGAUCAAAGAGCUUGUCUGUCUUACCUUCGGUGGACCUUGGGAAAGCCGCCCAAUCUGUGCAUGUGAAGCCUGCCAACAAGUCCUAUGUCUGCAGCGCCGAGCUUCUGGGAGACAGAGAGAUUCUUAUCCGCAUUCCGUCGGCGACAAAGCUCAGCUGGCUUGCCAAAGAAGCCAUGCUGGUCAAUAUUACCAGAAAUAACGUGACUGUUGACACCGAUAGAGCAUAUACUUCUGAUGAGGGAAUCGUUCUCUUACUACCCAAGAAUGAGGCUUACGGAGUUCUCAACAUUUCGAUCACCACAACGAAGAAACCUAGAGUUAAUGAGACUUUCCAACUUGAUUUAGGAUCCACGGCAUCUUGGCAAUCUUUCUUGAACAAGCUGUCUUCAUAUUUGCCAGAAGAUAGCCACUUCGUUGACUCUAGCAUUUUCUCUCACGUUUACCAAGCUGCCGAGCAUAUGGCUGGAGAUGCAGUUCACCAAUCUCAGGUCACUCUACACCAAAUGGAAGAGGCUGGAAAGGCAGCAGUUGACCAGGCAGCCCAGGCUGGAGAGGGUCUCGUGGAGCUGGCGAAGUCGGUUUCUCUUGAGGCUGCUAAGCGUACAGCCAUUCUUUCCCAGCAGGUCGGCAUCCAUGUAUCUGGAGCCAAGGCAAAACUUGCGAAGACAUUCGAGUCAUCUCAACACCUUCGUAAGCCGCUCGAUGAGGGGCUGGUCAAGGCUCAGAUCCAGUCUAAGCUCCUGUGGUUGAAGAUGCAGGGCAAGGACGAAGAGUACCGCGAGUAUCAGCGUCGUGCGGCCGAUCUGACGCGUCGCAAGGCGGAGAAGUUGUGUAAGUCCCAGAAGGCCACUUUCGUAGAGCAGAAGAAGGCGGAUUGGCGGGCGAAGAAGGCUGCCAAGAAAGCGGCUUUGCAGGCGAAGAAGGCGCUCUCCUGA